AUGGCCGAUUCGGAACGGAAUCGUUUCGAAAAUAUGAGAGGUUCAAAAGGUCCUUGCGUGGUGACCAUCAACAAAACUGAGACUGGUUUCGGUUUCAACGUCAGGGGACAGGUGAGCGAGGGCGGUCAACUUAGGAGCAUCAACGGGGAACUGUACGCCCCCCUGCAACAUGUCAGCGCAGUCCUCGAACGGGGGGCCGCCGAAAGGGCCGGCGUCCGCAAAGGCGAUCGAAUUUUGGAAGUAAAUGGUGUAAACGUGGAGGGCGCCACUCACAAGCAAGUGGUGGAUUUAAUAAAAUCCGGUGGGGAUGUCUUGACUUUAACUCUCAUUUCAGUAACCCAACAGGAAGCGGAACGUCUGGAACCCACCGAAGAGAACCCAACCUACUAUGACUACAGCGAAAAGAGAUCUUUACCAAUCAGUAUUCCCGAUUAUCAACACAACGAGCGAAGCAACGAGAAAUACGUUUCGUUCAACAUCUACAUGGCCGGAAGGCACUUGUGCUCGAGGAGGUACAGGGAAUUCGCCAAAUUGCACGACGAUCUCAAGAAAGAAUUCUUAGGGUUCUCGUUUCCGAAAUUGCCCGGCAAGUGGCCCUUUACGAUGAGCGAACAACAACUGGACGCGCGCCGCAGAGGUUUAGAGCAAUACUUGGAGCGAGUUUGCGCCGUUAGAGUCAUCGCCGAAUCGGACGUUAUGCAGGAAUUCCUGACGGACCAGGACGACGAGAACAACACCAGUCCUGUGGAUUUAAAGAUAUUACUACCCGAUAGAGAAAUAGUGACGGUGUCUUUGAAAAAGAGCGCCAAUGCGGACGAAGUGUACGAAGCGGUGGUUAGGAAAAUCGGCAUGAGCAGAAAGGUGUCUUGCUAUUUUUAUCUGUUUGAAAUUGUCGAAUAUAAUUUCGAGAGGAAGCUCCAGCCGAACGAAUAUCCGCAUAAUCUAUACAUACAAAAUUACAGCGCAGCUAUAAACACUUGUUUGUGCAUAAGGAAAUGGCUGUUUUCCAUUAACAAAGAGUAUACGUUGAUGAAUGAUCCACAAGCCACUUCUUACGUAUUUUGGCAAGCGGUAGACGACGUCAAUCGAGGCUGCAUCAACGCCGGCGAGCGUUUGUACCAGCUCAAAGCGCUGCAGGACGAGACGCGCGCCGCCGAGUACUUGAAAUUGGCGAGGGAAUUGCCCGGCUACGGGGACAUCGUCUUCCCUCCGUGCAAGUGCGAUUCGCGCAAAGACGGUCACGUGGCGCUCUGCGUCGGGACGGCGGGCGUCGAAUUGCGGGCGUGCAGGGAGGACGGCACGUCGGAGAACCAAUCGGUGUCGUUGCAGUGGGACAGCGUCAGGCAAUGGGAAGUCGACGAGGAAGGUAUGGCGUUCUGUUUGAAGUACAAUAGGCCCGACAAAACUCCUAAAUGGUUAAAAAUAUUCUCCCCGUAUUACAUCUACUUAUUGGACUGUUUCGAGAGGAUUGUAGAAGAAAACAAAUGGCCGGACGCCGGUGAUUGA